UGUCCCUCGGACACAGCGGAUCACCGAUCUACAGAAAGAGCCGAAGAUGUUGGAUCGGUCAUGUGAUCAGCUGUGUCCAAUCACAGCUGAUCACAUGGGACAUGUACACUGAUCGUCAGUGUGCCCUGAUGAUCAGUGUGCCCUGAUGAUCAGUGUGGCCCCAGAAGUGUCACAUGCUAGUGCCCAUCAGUGCCACAUCAAUACCACAUAUCAGUGCAUACCAGAGCACAUCAAUAGCACAUAUCAGUGCCCAUCUGAGCUGCCUUUCAAUGUCACCCAUCAGUGCCAGUCAGUGCCACCUAUCAAUGACAAUCAGUGCCACCUAUCAGUGCUGCCAGUCAGUGCCGCCUAUCAGUGCCAGUCAGUGCCGCCUAACAGUGCCAGUCAG